AUGUUUUUUUCUGUCUUGUCAUCCAUCAUAGGAAGUACUACAACUACUACCAGCACAACUACGGCAGCAACUGUUACAAUUACGUCCAACCUGUGUACAUCAGCCUGGACCGGUAUCACGAUGAUAUAUCACUGUGAUAACUGUAAUCAACAGUUAUCAUGGCAACAACUGUCGUUUAUUUACGUAGCCAUUGCAAAUGUGACGCGAAUUAUUUUUGCACUAAGAAGGGAUUUAGGUUAUUUCGGUAUCGAUGGGGUGUCUAUUCGUGAUACCUCAGCACCAAGUGUAGAACUGCUUACAAAUGGCGGUUUCGAAACUGGCACCUUCUCAUCUUGGACACUUUGUGUUCAAAGUGGUGCAACGAGCAGUGGCUCAGUUGAAUCAACAUCGAGUGGCAUUUCGUAUGGCAGUUAUAAUUUUACUGCAUUCGCUGGGUCAUUCUACUACUUAGGCGGAGCAACAAUCAAAACUGAGUAUCUUACACAAACAUUCUCAAGUAUUAUCGGGAACAGUUACACAUUCAGCUUUUAUUAUGUUUAUGCUGGUAGUGGAUCGUCAAGCAGUGGUGACUUUUUACUCAGUGCUUGA